CGAGGUCCCCAUCGUGAGGACCCGAGCUUGCGAGAGCAUGUAUCACAAAGGCCCCGUUGUCCAUGGCCAGGGCACCGCCAUCAAGGCUGACAAGCUGUGUGCAGGGAGGAAGGGGAAGGGCUCCUGCCAGGGCGAUGCUGGGGGCCCCCUGGUCUGUUACUGGGUGGACACCUGGCUCCAGGUUGGCGUGCUGAGCUGGGGUGUGGCCUCCAGGCAUGGGGACUACCCCGGUGUCUACACCCGAGUGAUGACCUAUUCCUCCUGGGUCUGCCAGCACAUCCUGCUGGAGCGUUGAGGAGGCUUUAAGAGCU